AUGGUUAAUUUGUGGAAUGCUGAAAAGGUGGAUUACAAUCUGGCUUCAAACUCUUGCAAUGCUAAUAAAGUGUGCGGACAUUAUACUCAGGAAGUCUGGGCCAGCAGUUACAAAGUCGGUUGCGGUAUGACUCAAUGUGCAAAUCUGGAAAACCUCCUAAUAACAGUCUGCAACUAUUUAGAUGUAGGGAAUUUCAAUAACUUGCCCCCAUACACCUCGGGUGCUUCUUGUUCUGCUUGUCCCUCGGCCGCCCCAACUUGUGAAGAAGGCUUAUGUGCCAUCACGAACAACGUCUGCUCCGUAGUCGAACCUGACUGCAAUAUCACCGAUACGACCAACUGCCUCUGUGGUAAGCUAUUUUGA